AUGAAUCUUCUUUUUCUAUUUCUGCCGUUAGUGAUGGCAAAGCGUCAAUUUCCACAAGCACCAGGAAUGUAUCCUCCAGAAGAAAUGAAGAAUGACGUGCCCAAAGUGCCUCGAAAUCCCUAUCAAAUGAGCAUGCUGGAGGAUGCGGGUGUCAUUGAAAACUAUCAGUUUUACUAUGAAAAGGAUGUAAAGGAGUUAAAGCCACCUGGAAGUGGAGACAAGCGCGGCUCCUUCAUCAGCGAUCUCAACAGUGGAUCAACACCUCUUCAUGGAUCAAGCCAAGUACCCAAGAAGUCUUUAUACAUUAACGAAUCUCCGAGAAGUCCUGGAUCCAGCCAACCUGGGAAAACCCCUCUAACCAACAAGGUUACAUCGUACAACGAUGGUCCGAAAGUUAACAGACCCAGUAGUCUAGUUGAUUCGGGUCAUUUCGGGCAGCCAGAAGCAUACUAUGAAGAGGGAGGUGGAAAAGGACCUAUUCCACCUCAUAGAACAGGAACAUCGGAUUCUCCUACAGGCAGAGGACUUAUUAAAUCUUAUGGUGGAAGAACAUCGGAUGCUACUACAGGGAAAGGACCGAUCCCACCAGAAGGUGCCGGGGCAUUGGGUUCUGCCUCAGGCGAAAUAAAUGAGUAUGUCGGAUGGACUCCACUACCUUCGCACAAGUCGGCUUUGGUUCACCGCGGAGAUACGAAAACUGGCUAUGAGGACCUGAACGAACCUCCCGCGAUAUCUCACGACAUCAAACCUCCUGCAGUACCUGAACCUGAAAGAGAUAACAAUGAAGUGAUCGAUCCAUACAUUACGCAGACCCCCAAAAAAUACGAGGGAGCUCUCGCUAGGAGCAAACCAUCGUCUGAUGUUGAGACUAACACUUCGGGAAAGGGAGGAGGUGGAAGCCCUGCAGCACGUCCCACGUGGAAAUCGAAUGAGUUGAAAGAAGCUGUAGGAAUGGAUGAGUUUCCUUUGCAAGAGCUAGACAACGACGACAGGGAGCAGCACUUGCACAUUGGCACUGGACCCUCAGAUAAAGAAUCGGAACGAGGAUAUGGAGGUGGAUCCAGAUCCAAACUCUCGGGACGAGAGGAGCUGACCAACAGGAACGGUCAUGCCGGCAACAGUGGCGCAACUAUAGUUGUUGGCAAAAAAGAGCUGCCUACGAUUAGUAUUUCAAUGUACACUAAGUCAGCGGAGAACCACGAGAUGCCUGAGAAAACAUUGAAAACAUCGACGAGGACUAAAUACGAUAGUUUCUUGAUGACCAGAGGACUACCUGGAGACGACAGGGACAUAUUAAAAAAAGACUCGAGAUGCUGCCCGUGUUGCCGUGACCCCAUGGACCGAAGCGGAGUAGCAACACAGAAGCACUCAGGAGGUCGUGUAGCAGGCCGCAGUGAAUCCAACAACCCACUUCAACGACAACAACAUGAAGUCGCACCUUCACGGUCGUCUAACAUUUUUGCGGACGACCUUCGGAAAUUGUCCAAGCUGGGAGAUAUGUUGGAGUCUCCCUCUUUUCAAAAAUCUCGCUCGGGAGUGCCAGAAGUCAAAACGGAAGUUGUCAGAGAGGUGCAUGUGCUGAGAGCAAGUGACCCAGAAGUUCUGAUUCCUACUCCGACGAAUGGAAUCUCGUCCGAAAGAGCUGUCCGUGUGGAACCUCGAAUUCGCGACCGGAUUAUGGAGUCUUCAGAUAUAAUACCCUCUUCACACGGUCCCACUAGCACGAUAACCUUACAACGGUCUGCAUCACCUUUGUCGCCAAGUGUACCGGGUGGGCAAUACGUCUCACCUUUGACGCCACCGACAUCUGCCUCCUUCGUUCCUCCGCAACAUUUCGUACCUGCUGUACCUCAAUCCUACCCGCCUUCUAUAGGUUAUCCUACUGCUGGUGCUGGAUGUCCGUGUGCUCCUCCGCCGCCACCUCCGUGCUGUGCGCCGGUGCAGCCGUGUUGCAUGCCUUCGAUUCCGUGCUGUCCACCACCGCCACCGGUACAGUGCUGUCCUCAGCCACCCGUUUGCUGCCAGCCUCCACCAGCUUGUUGUCCGCCGCCAGUUUUUUGUUGCUCAGUGCCAGUAAUUCCAACCUGCUUCCGAGCAUGUCCUGCUUGUCCGUGCCGAAGACGGCUGCAUGCAGCGCUUAGAAUGAAGCGGAGUCCAGGUUUGCACAGCAGACAGUGCCAGAGUUGCACAGCAGCAGGUCAGCCAAAGUACGCAACAAGAGUGAAAAGGCAAGCACAUUGUAAAGCAUGUUCGAGUAACCCGCUAAUUUCGCUGUUUACUUCGGCUCCUGGUUCUUCGUCAUGCAGUUCUUGCAAGCGAAGCGACUCUAGAAGCGCUAGAGUGAAGAGAAUGGCAACAACAUGUAAGAAGGUGAUCAAAGUUUUUCAGGGAUGCCUACCCUGUGGAAAGCGGAAGAAAAGGGACAUCGAAGAAGAAUACCACCGACGAGUUAAACGAUUGGGUUGCUUACCAUGCCUCGGCAGAAAAAAGAGAAGUCCUAUUCAAACCAAUUGUAAGCAGUGCUCAAAUCUUGGACAAGUUCUGUAUCGAUUUAAGAGAACCAUUGGCUGUUCUCCAUGUGGUAGAAAAAAGCGUGAAACGAAAGAGAACAAUAAAUCAAAUCCCGCAUCAUGCCCUUGCCUGAGUAAUCAUACGAGGACGUUUCUGCUCGGGAGGAAGAAAAGAGCGGUGGACAGCGAGUUCGAUUCGAUGUACACGUGUGACAAAUCCUGUUGUGACUAUGACAGGUGUCACGAGAUCAGAGCGCAAAGUCUGCAUUCCUUCAGCGGCUCGGUGCAGAGAAAUUGA